GUAACAAUACAAUAAUGCGGUUUAAACAUAGAGCUAUUUAAUAAUCUGGUUUAACUACACACUAUUUUAUAAUUCUGUUCAGUUUGCAUACGUGGCACGUGCAUUUUCUAAUGGAUUGGGUUAGUCUUUUUGGCACGAUUUUGUGCAUUCUUUGUAUAAGCGUUUUCAUUGUUAUGUGUAUCGGUGAUUCGGAUGUACUUACUGCAUUGUAUUGCUACAUCGGGAUACAACCUGUUCAUGCAUUUAGAGACAAAGUAAUCUGGAUCACAGGAGGAUCUUCUGGAAUUGGAGAAGCAAUUGCUAAAGAAUUGGCGAAAUGCAACUCUGCAAAAAUUGUUUUGUCCGCUAGGAGAAAGGAAGAACUUUUACGAGUCAAGAGCGAGUGUCUAGAACUUAAUCCGGUUAGAGAUCAAAGCUCAAUUUUAGUGCUAGCUUUGGACAUCACUGACUAUUCUGAACAUGAGGGUGCACUUAACAAAGUUUUAGCAGAAUUUGGGAAGCUUGAUGUUCUAAUUUCCAAUGCGGGCCGUUCUCAACGGGCAGCCUGGCCUCAGACGGAAUUGGCAGUGGAUAAGGAUUUGUUUGAGCUGAAUGUGUUUUCGCUCCUCAAUUUGAAUAGAAUUGUAGUUCGGCAUUUUCUUGAAGUAGGUCGUGGGGGACAACUGGCUAUCAUGUCGAGCAUUGCCGCAAAAAUGGGGGUGUAUCAUUCGGGAUCUUAUUCAGGGUCAAAGUUUGCACUCCACGGCUACUUCAAUAGUCUACGAAAUGAAACGUAUACGGACAACAUUGAUGUUACCUUAAUUUGUCCAGGUCCUGUUUUUUCACCAAUUUUACGAAAUGCAUUCACAUCCAAACUGGGUCAGGUUGUAGACCAAGAGUAUACUAGUGGUGAUAGACGAAUGACGGCAGACCGGUGUGCUUACCUAAGUUUGAUCGCCAUUGGGAAUAGAUUGGAGGAAACAUGGGUGGCACUUUCUCCCAUCGUUCUUUUCACCUACUUGGCUGCUUAUCAACCCUAUCUAUUUUCGAAACUAAGCAGGUUUGUACACUCAAACGGGCUGUAUUUCCGUGCCAGAGGUGCCAAAGAUCGGUAAAGCAGCAUUUCAGAAAUAUUCCGACCUCAAAAGUAUAUGGAUUAUAAAUUGUUGAGGAAUAUAAAAAUAUUUGUCUCGAUACGUUUAAGUAAUACAUACUCACAUGGAUGCAGGAUGAACUGUAAUUAAUAAAGUAACUAUUAAAAUUAUAGUAGGCUUCAAAUAAAGUACGUAUGAUGGUUUCGAGAUACAAAUUCUAUAA